AUGGCUAACUAUUCCCACCCUCAUAUCUGCCAAUGUCUGAGUCGCGUGCUAGCCUUCCGGCGACAUUUUCCGGUCACCAUCACCGGAAACCGCCAUAAAACUGGUCAACAGUUGGUGGAGGAUGUGUUGUCUUUGGCUCAAGGCCUACUUCACCUUGGACUCGCACCUGGUCACGUGGUUGCCAUCUCUGCAUAUAAUAGUGAUAGGUAUCUGGAAUGGUUAUUAGCCAUUGCAUUUGUUGGAGGAAUAGCUGCUCCUCUGAACUAUAGAUGGAGUUUUGAAGAGGCAAGAUUAGCAUUGGCUGCUGUGAAGCCAGUGUUAUUAGUGACUGACAACAGCAGUUACACAUGGUACUCAACAAAACUCCAGAAAAAUGACAUUCCAUCGCUGAAGUGGCAUAUUUUGUUGGAUUCCCCUUCCUUUGAUUUUACUGAGUGGAACGUGUUAACACCAGAAAUGAUUAAGAGGCAUCCUGUAAAGCUUGUACCAUUUGAUUACUCAUGGGCACCUGAAGGCACUGUCAUAAUAUGCUUUACUUCAGGAACUACAGGAAAGCCUAAGGGAGUUUCUCUAAGCCAUGGAGCUUUGCUUAUACAAUCCUUAGCCAAGAUUGCAAUAGUUGGCUACAACGAGGAUGAUGUCUAUCUGCAUACUGCACCAUUAUGCCAUAUUGGUGGCUUGUCAUCAGCCAUGACCAUGCUUAUGGUUGGAGGUUGCCAUGUCUUGAUGUCAAAGUUUGAUGCAGAAUCAGCUAUUGGUGCCAUAGAGCAAUAUGCAGUGACAUCUUUUAUCACAGUUCCUGCAAUAAUGGCCAGUCUGACUUCUAUAAUUAGGCAGAAAGAUAUCUGGAAAGGAGGAGAAACUGUCAAGAAAAUACUCAAUGGGGGUGGAAGCCUCUCACAUGAGCUCAUCCAGGACACUAGCAUAUUCUUUCACAAUGCUAAACUUAUUUCAGCUUAUGGGAUGACAGAGACAUGCUCUUCAUUGACAUUCCUGACACUGUAUGAUCCAAUGUAUGAAAAGACAAACCAGUCCCUUCAAACAUUUGAUGUCGCAGGAUCCAAGUUUAGUCAGCAGCCACAAGGUGUUUGUGUUGGCAAGCCUGCUCCCCAUGUAGAACUGAAGAUAAGUGCUGAUGCUUCUGGGAUAAUUGGGAGAAUUCUAACUAGAGGACCACACAUAAUGCUUAGGUAUUGGGAAACUCUCAGAAAUCCAUUAAAUCCAAAUAAUGAAGCCUGGCUUGACACAGGUGACAUUGGAUCAAUUGAUCAUUAUGGUAAUUUGUGGCUCCUUGGUCGAACAAAUGGUCGAAUCAAGAGUGGUGGGGAGAACAUUUACCCUGAAGAGGUUGAGGCAAUUCUACUACAACAUCCAGGGAUUGCAAGUGUUGUUGUUCUGGGAAUCCCAGAUGCUCACCUAACAGAGAUGGUAGUAGCGUGUAUCCAACUUAGGGAAAAUUGGCAAUGGUCAGAGCAGUCGACUAUUUCAAAUGAAGAGCCUAUGCUAUCUAGAAAGAAUCUCCAUCAAUAUUGUAUACAAAAUCAUUUAAGCAGGUUUAAGAUACCAAAAAUGUUUAUUACAUGGAAAAAGCCAUUUCCACUCACUACCACAGGGAAAAUAAAAAGAGAUCGAGUCAGAAAGGAAGUUAUGUCUCAACUAAAAUCUUUACAUAGUAAUCUUUGA